CGCUUGUGGAAAUGAUAGAUGUUUCAUUGCGUUUCGUAGAUAAACUAUGCUAAAUGCUACCGGUUAUCAGGUCAGGGAAGGUGUGGCUUGACACAUGAACGAAUGGCGUCAUAUGUGGGAAAUCCGGACGGAUACCACAAAGAUAUUCGGUGAAUAAUGAGUGAUGAUGGUAGCAGAAUGAGCUCGAAGUUUGAAAAAGAAACUGAAGAUUUGGAAGUGGCAUUGAUGACGGAUUCAAAUUCGGAUGAGAAGAAAUGUGUGUAUGGUGGAUUUACUAAUGAAGCUUAUGAGGAGUUGGUGCGAUAUCAUCGUAGCAAAGAAAUUCCUAAACGGCUUCAAGGGCAUCUGAAACAUCGUAUUGAUUGUUUCAAAAGGAAAGCUAAAAGAUUUCAACUGAUUGAGGGAACUGAUCAGCUGAUUUACAUUGGAUUCAAACCAGACCACUCAACGGUGGGUCAGUUUGUUGUGAAGAAAAAUGAAGUUGAAAAAAUCCUCACUCAGGCUCAUUUGGAAUCAAAUCACGGUGGCCUGAAUGCUACACGUAAAAUGGUUUCAACAAAAUUUUACUGGAAUUCGAUUACAAGCGAUGUUGAGCAAUUUAUCAAACAGUGUCCACGUUGUCGUAUUACACGUAUGCGAUACGUUGCAUCCAAUAAUGUUCCUUGGCGUAAGGGUGGACGAUAUGGGGAUAUUUACACAGGUAACUGGGAUGGAAGCGAAGAUGAUUAUGCACUUUCUGAUCGUUCCUGCAAUCGAACCUGGAAAUUUGCUCGAAGUCUGAAUGGUGGCGAAUAUACCACAUACGCACCGGACAACGAAAUCAGUGUACUUCCUCAGCCCUGGAAGCAUGAUAGACCUACAAAUGACGUUUUGAUUACCGAUGAAAUGACAAAUGAAGAUAUCGAUAUCGAAAAUGAUACGGAUGAACUGGGUAAUACUGAAGGAAAGAUAGAUACACAGAUGUUACUACCUCAGUAUUUCCGUGUCAGGCCUGCCCACCCAACUUUUAAUAGAUCUCAUCUUGCAGAGUGGAUGGAAAGGGAACAUGUAUUAGAUUAUGACGAGUCUUACGGUAACCCAGAGGAAGCAUAUUAUGAAGACGAUUUCAUUGUUGGUGAAAGUAUGGCAAACAAUGCACCACCAACAACUGGUGAAGAAAGAUUGGUUUCAGAAGAUAGCUUGGAUGGGGGCAUUGACAGGCCAAGUCCUACGAAAACUACGGUAUACAAAGAAAAAUUGGUCGAAAGCGCCCCAGUCAAACGACGGUACGUCGAAGACGAUCGCGAGUGUAUCAUUGAAACAGAUAGAAAAUAUUUUAUGGUUGAAGCAGAGCAACUUUUGCAGCUUUUCAAGAGAUGCUCAGGAUGUGGUGAAAAGUUGAAGCAAGUAACAUUAUAUGCUGAUUCACCGAUGCCAACUGUUGCUUAUCAGUGUAGUAAAUGUGAGCAAACCGUAUGGUUUGGACAGAAAAUGGAUUAGCUUGAAUAUGGAGACUCUCGAAAUCUGAUUUCAAUGUGUUUUACUUGCUUAAAAUAAUUGAAAUGGUAAAGAAAAUAGGAAAAGGGAAAUUUAAAAUGCAAAAGUUAACGGAACAAAUGAACUAUACAAUAAUGGGUAGUGUGCAACUGAAAAUUUCAGUAGUUUUUCUUUAAGGGAGUCAAAAAAAAUCUAAUUUUGGAAAUU